UGUAACAAAGGAAGGACAGUCAAAUGGAGCUAUAAAGCCAUUGUUUAAUCUUUAAUCUCCAAUGUAUGUAUUUAUUUUCGCGUGGACAUACCCUGAAAUUACUCACCACUAUAAUGUAAAAACAAUGGUUGACUCUUUUUAAACACCUAUUUGCGAUUGUUGGGUGACAAGUGACCAUGCGAGUGUCGAAGUUGGAAAGUGAUGUCAAGGAGAAUGAUUGGCUGCACAGAGAGCUGAUGGAGCCAGUCGCAAAUCAGCUUCGGUUGCUACCAUUAACUUUGGGAGCAGAGUGUGACAUUGUUGAGGAGAAUAAAAUCAUGAAUAACUAUGAAACUCAAGUCCAACUUUUUAAGCAGGAGCGGAUGCAGGUCACUGAGUUGUGGCGUACAGCAGCGCAGGAGCUUGACCAUCUACAGGAGUCCUACCGGAGAAUGUUCACUAAUGGACUCAAUGCCAAUGCUACAGGACAACAGCUCAUACAAACUAACUGCAAUUUCUUUAAGACAAUGAUGGGGCACAGCGCAGAGGUGGAGGACCUACAAAUCCAGCUCAGAACAACCAAGACUGAGCUGAGAACAGCCAUAGCCAAAGUGGAUGAGAUGACCCAACAGCUCCAGUCUGUUCAGCAGCAGCUAAAGAGACAGGAGGAAAAGGAGACAGAGGCCCAGAGUCGAGAGGAAGCAGCACACAGACAAAUUCAACAGCUUCAGACAACCAUCAGUCAUCAAGAGACCAAAAUAAAAGGUGCAUCUCAGGAGACAGAGACUGCAUUCAAAGAUCUAACUAUGUGGGAGACUACAGCAGGGAACCUAAAGGUCCGUUGUGCUACUUUAGAACAGGAGAAGUAUGAGGGUCUAGACAAAGUGCGAGAGUGUGUGCAGAUGGCUGAAGAGGCAGCAUUGCAGAAGGAUGAGGCCCAGUUAAGAGCAAAGCAGUUGACCGAGGAGCUAGAGAGGACAAAAAAGGCCUUCCAACAGUUGAGCCAGGAUGCUACUCUUUGCUCCAAUAAAGAGCUGAACAACAUGCGUCAGCAGUGCAACACUGAAAUGCAAAGUAUGGCUGAGGAAUUGUCUCUAUUGCACCUGGAGUGUGUGGACAAACAGUCUCAGAUUGAGAGGUCUAAGCGAGAGAGAAAAGCUUUAGAAGAGGAACUAUCGAAGGUGACAAAGUGCAAGGUAGAGCACGGGCUUGGGACAAUUGAUGCCCUUCACCAGAAGUGUCUAAAGGCAGAGCAGAUGAAGGAUGAGAUAAGCUUCACUUUGCAAAGUACCCAAACCAAACAAAAAAAGUUGGAAUUGGACUACAGUGUCGAGUUGUCCCGAUACCAGGAGGAAGUGCAGACACUAAAUGGUUUUUUUAAUGCAGCAAGAGAGGACUGUGUCAGAAUCAGUGACGAGCGACUCCAGUUGCAACAGGAGAAUGUUCAGUUCCGCAGAGAGAUGGAUGAGCUGCACAAGGCCUCCUUGCAGGGCCAAAAGAAAGCCAAACAACAGAUUACACAGAUGGAGCAAGAGUACAGCAUAAAGGAGAAGGCACUAAAAGCGCAGAUUACUGACCUGGAGGAGAGCAGUCGCAACUCAAGUGCUGAUCUGAUGCGUCUUCUCACAGCACAGCAGAAAAGUAUCCAGCGCUGGAAGGUGGAGGCCCCAAAUAUGGCCCAGGCUUUUCAAUCCAGAAUUAAAAAUCUGAUGGAAGAGCUAAAUCAACACCAACAACGUUCACAUGUGUUUGAGAUCCAGCUCAAGAAAAACAACGAUACUAUUGUGGAGUACGAAAGACAGCUAACAGAGUUUCGAGAGAAAGCCAGUCGCCUCCAGAGACGACUCACUGAAGUUGAGCAACGCACGACGCCCUCACAACAAUUCUGUUUUGGCAUCUCCACGGGGGAAAACCAGUCUUGAUUCCUCUGAAGCAUGAACAGUCACUCUUUAGUGUUUAGAACAUUAACAAUAAACACGAAAAUACAAACUCCAAAUGUGUACAAUGUAAAGUUCAUGCUUAAUGACUUACCACAAAAUCUUUCCAGGCUUACAAUUAUUACUGAACCAU